CCUGUCGUUCUCUCCCACCCUCGCGCUCUUCAGACAUCUGGAAGGUACCACGGGUGAUCGUCUCUCAACAGAACGGCAGCUCUUGUGAUGGGAAUGGGCUUUUUUAGGAGGCUUUAGACCCUGAAAGUUGUGUGUUGGGAUCCUUCAGAGGGCAUUGAGAUUUCAGUAGGUUCUGGUUGGACUGCUUUGAGAGAAAUCCAGAGCUGGGAGGGAAGAUCUGGACUUUGUUUGGCUCAAGUGAAAGCAUUCAGGCCCAGAAGCGAUGGGUCAUCGGUUGUUGGAGUUGGCAUUUGUGGUGCUGUUGGGCUUCACGCUUGUGCAAUGUCAGGGAGAAAUGGACCUUGAGUUUCACCUGCCGGAGAAGGACAUGGAAUUGGACGGAGGAGACGACUCAACCGGAGAGGAGAAGAACGUGAAAGAGAAAAUAUUUUGUCCGGAAAAGUGCAGCUGCUCGGUGGAGGGAUCGGUGGAUUGCAAUGGAGUCAGUUUGACAGAAUUCCCAGAAGAGUUAUCAGAGCACACACGACAGCUCUCUCUUCAGAAUAACCAAAUCGCGGAGGUCACACUGGAACAUCUAUCACAUCUACAGCAGCUGGAGACCCUGAACCUGCAGAACAAUCGCCUCACAACACAAGGUCUUGACGAUGAAGCGUUUCAUAUUCUGGAAAGGUUGAGUUAUUUAUACUUGGCAAAUAAUAAGCUCACAGCUGCCCCAAGGCAAUUGCCACCCUCCCUGGUCAGUGCUGACUUUGCUGCUAACCAUCUGACCAAGAUCUACCCCAACACUUUCGGCCAUAAACCUGCUCUCAAGUCCGUUUACUUGCAUAACAACAAGUUAACAGAUGCUGGUCUGCCGGAGAACAUGUUUAAUGGAUCAAACAGCCUCGAAAUCCUAAUUAUGUCCAGUAAUUUUCUCCGGUAUGUUCCACAGGAUCUGCCCAAAGCCAUCUACCGUUUACACCUAAAGAAUAACAAGUUAGAAAAGAUUCCCGCAGGUGCGUUUGAUCAUUUGAUUCAUCUGCGAGAGCUCUACCUGCAAAACAACUUCUUGAGUAAUGACGGCAUAGACAACAAGACAUUCAGCAAUUUGAACAGACUGGAGUAUCUGGAGUUGUCCAACAACAACCUGACCGCGAUUCCCCUCGGACUCCCUCGAAAUCUCAUCCUGCUUCACCUGGAGAAGAAUUCGAUCCAGGGCAUCAGCGCCAACGCUUUGACGCCCAUCCGAAACCUGGAAUACCUCCUCCUCCACAACAACAAGCUCCGGUCUCGGUUCAUCCAUCCUGCUGCCUUUCAGGGCCUCAAACGUCUCCACACCGUUCACAUGUACAACAACCUCCUAGAGAGAGUUCCCCGCGGCCUUCCCCGUCGAGCCAAGACCCUCAUGCUGCUUCACAACCACAUCGGCGAGAUCGGACGCAACGAUCUGAUCAUGCUUUACACCCUCACAGAGCUCAACCUCAGUUACAACCGCCUCACCAGUGCCAAACUGCACAGAGAAUCCUUCAGGAAACUCAGGAUUCUGGAGACGUUGGAUCUGUCCGGGAACAAGCUGCAAACGCUUCCUUUGGGACUUCCCAAGAGUCUCCUGAUUCUGAAGGUGAAGGACAAUCAAAUGACGGAGAUACCCGAGGGGUCGCUGUUGGGUAUGAGCAAACUGAAGGAGCUUUAUCUGAGCAAUAAUCAACUGAAGCUCAACUCCUUCUAUCAGGGAGCUUGGCAGGAGCUGAGCGCGCUCACGACGCUGGAUUUGUCAGGAAACCUGCUGACACACAUUCCCGGCGAUCUGCCUGAAUCUCUGGAGUAUCUUCAUCUGCAGAACAACCGAAUCAGCACAGUCACAUCCACGGCGUUCCUCAAUACACCCAACAUCAAAGGAAUCUUCCUCAGAUUUAAUCGUCUCUCAGUUCAUUCAGUAUCUGAAGAGUCUUUUUCUCACCUGAGCAAGCUUCAGGUGUUAGACAUCGGCCAUGGCAAUAUUUCUCCUAAUCGAGGUCAGGAAGAGGAGGAAGAGGUUUUACCAGAUGGUGAAAAUGAAGAUGAGGAUCCAUAAAUCAAAAUAAAGGGGUGAAAGCUCCUCGUGCAGCUGAGAAAAUUUGAUGCCUUGACAACAACCAGCAUACAGCAAAAUAAUGUGUUUGAUUGUUGCUGCCUUAAGAGACAGUUCACUUAAAUAAUGAAAAUGUAUAUGACUUUCUUUUUUACGAUAUACAUUAUCAGAAAUUAUAUUUGAUAUAAACAUUUCAUUUGUGAGUAAACUGUCCUUUAACUACUGCAUACAGUAUAUCUUUCUUAAACCACUCGAGUCUUCAUCUCUAAAAGCAACAGUACACAACAUCUGAUGCAUGAGAAAAUAUUUCAUCAAACAUGCCGUGUUUUAUCUUUUUAUUUUAAAUAAAAUGUUGGUCUUUAUAUAAACAUAAAGCAGAUAUUAAGCAGAAGUGUUUAUCAGAUUUAUAAAUAUUUGGUGCAGGAUACCAGAAAGAAAUUGUUUAUUUUUGUCUCACAGAUGGUUGACUUUAUGAAAUCAUAUUUCUCCACAGAAAGGCUCUGGUGUAUUUAUUCCCUCAAAAGAAAUCGCUCAUCUAAAGUAUUGUUAUUUACUCACCAUCUGCUAAUGGUCAAAAGCAUUAAGAAGUUAGAUGGUCAUUAGAUACACCAUUGGUUGUGUUUUGUAUGUGAAUUUAACACAUUACACCAACCUACCAACAUAUGGUGGAUGGAGGAUAAGGUUUAAGCUUUGCACCACACUGUCAGAAAUAAAUGGUCAAAACAUCUACCACAACUGCCAUUGGGCCUCUAUCCUUUAAAAAAGUACACAUUUGCACCUAAAGAGGACAUAUAGGUGCAAAGCAGUACCAAAUAAUCGUCCAGUGAUAGCUGGGGUAUGUUUUUUUUAACAAUGUACAGAGGGAAGAUUUUCAAUGAAUAAUAUCUAAACUUCUGGUCGGCAAAGCUAUCGUUGGGCUUCAGAAGGCACAAUAUGGAUUUACUUUAUGAUGCUUAUACAGCGGGGGAAAUAAGUAUUUGACACAUCAGCAUUUUUAUCAGUGAGGAGAUUUAUAAGUGGGCCAUUUCCACCAGAUGUAGCCAUUAAGCCAAAUAUUGAAUUCAUACAAAGAAAUCAGAACAUUUAAGUAUACAAGUUGAGUCAUAAUAAAUAAAUAAAUACAUUUUCCCCGCUGUAUGGUAUCUCUGAACUUACCUUAUAUAUUAAAGAGCUGAAUUGGUGCACUUUAACUUUUAUGACAACCUUAAUCAUGCAGAAAGGUUUAAAAGCCAUGUGGGUCUCUAUUGUGACAGGUAAGAAUUUUCUUGGAAAAUUUUUCAAAGGAAGUCACAGUUGAGCUUCAUUAUCAGACAUUUUAAACACCCUGCCUGCUAUGAAAGAACCCAGGAUGAUUUAAAUUAGAUUAAAUUAAAUAAUUUCAUGUGUAUCCAGUCGUGAUAAAAACAAAUAUGACAUGCAACGCAGAUAUACAGAUGGAUGUAUCCUGCAGAGAAAAACCCAGAGCACACGGCUGUAAUUUUCUUAUUUGUUGUUUUGUACCAUAAAUUUGAGCUUGCGAGUCUGUAAUCCUCAUACAAAGCUUUCUCUGACAUGUUUUGAAAGCAGAUGUUGUUCUGAUGGAAAACAAAAAAAAAAUAAUUUUGCACUUUUGGAUGUUUAUCAGGCUAAAAGUAUACUACCAUAAUAUUUUUACAGUUUAUAUGUACAAUAUGUACUCUGUAUGCAUAACUAUUCAAACAACCUAUUACACUUGCUAUGAAGUACACCGAGCACAAAACACUCAAUGCAAUGCCCUUAAUCUUCCACUUGUAAUACAGUCAUCAUGAUGAAUAACA